ACGUGACAGAGAGUCUCGUGCUUCUCUUCGCCUACUUCUCUGCGGGCCUCGGCGGGGGAUUUUGCAGUCUGAGAGCGAGAGCGCGAGGACGAAGAAGGGGAAGGAUGCGCGCGCAGGGCCUUGUCGCCGCGGCCACUGUGUUAGUGGUCGCUGUUGUGGGCGCCGUUUCGGCCAAGGACCCGUUUUCUGAAGACUGCAAAAUACAUGAAUAUCCUCCAUCAGGACCAACGUACAAAGGAAAUGUUCAAAAAUACAUCAUAAACCUCGACUUGCCACCUAGUGAGAGAUGGGUUCAACUAGUAACGGACAAAAAGGCAGAGCUGAAGACAAUGAUUUCUAGCUUGAAGGGCAUGAUAAAAACAUUGAUCCACAAUAAAAAAUACAUGGCUGCAUUAGAAAGUAAAUUGGCUUGGCUAGGGACUACCCUCCCCUAUCCUUUCAAUGAAGAGAUCAAAGGCAUUGCCUCUGCUACUGACACACCUUUAGGCGAUAUUGUUGUAUUCAAUAUCUUCUAUGAAAUCUUCACAGUGUGUACCUCAAUAGUAGCAGAGGACACAACAGGAAAGCUAUACCAUGCCAGAAAUCUUGAUUUUGGGUUGUUUCUUGGGUGGGAUAUUAAAAAUAGUUCCUGGUCUGUAACAAAGGAACUAAAGCCAUUAAUGGCGUCACUGGACUUUCAAAGGAACAAUAAAACUGUAUUUAAGUCUUCAAAUCUUGCAGGCUAUGUGGGAAUUGUCUCUGGAGUCAAGCCUGGUGCCUUUUCUCUCACCUUGAACGAGCGCUUCAGUCUAGAUGGAGGUUACAUUGGACUCUUUGAGUGGAUAAUUGGUCAGAGAGAUGGUUGGUGGAUGAGCUUCCUCACUAGAAAUGUGUUGGAAAAUGGCACAAGUUAUGAAGAUGCAAAGGAAAGACUUGUUAACGAAAAACUGCUGGCACCAGCCUAUUUCAUAUUGGGAGGCAUUAAAUCAGGAGAGGGUUGUAUUAUUACACGUUCUCGAAGUGCUACCUUAGAUAUAUGGCCCUUGGACAUAAAAAGAGGUAUCUGGUAUUUGGUGGAGACCAAUUAUGAUCGCUGGAAGGAUCCAUUUGUUCUGGAUAACAGGAGAGAUCCCGCCAUGAAAUGCUUGAACCAAACAACGCAAGAGAAUGUUUCAUUACCAGCUAUUUACAACAUUCUCUCCACAAAGCCUGUCCUAAACAAGCUGACUGUGUCAACAACACUGUUGGAAGUUUCUGAUGGACGCAUAGAGACAUACCUGAGGGAUUGUCCUGAUCCCUGUAGUCCUUGGUGAGGGCUGCACUUGCCCAUAGAAUCAGAUUAAUGUGGGAUGCAUUUUCUCCAGGGGAAAUUAGGGGAGGGAGUGGGGAGAGAAUCUUAGCCUGCUGUGGGUUGGGAAAUGAGCUUCUAGGCCUGGUCGUACUUCACACCAAAAAUUGACCUUUAAUUGACAUUCUACUUUGAACUGUCUGCUUGUUUGUGUAUGAAGCUAAACCCAAAUGACUUUCAGUCCCUACUGCUUUGGCUAGUCAUUGCUUAGAUUAAUCUUGCAGCACCAUCCUAUGCCACUUCAUUUAAUAGGGCAUAUGUGAUGGAAUUACAGCCCUGGGGAAAGGGACAGUUUGGAAAGCGGUGUUGUGCAGACUUGAAAGAAUCCAGCGCCCCAUCAUAGUGGUUUGCCUGCUCCACAGUCUACCAGCUACCUCAGCAUUUCACUGCUUUGCCAGCUUGAAGGAAUGCUUGCAUCGUUUCCAUAUAUUUAAAAUUAGGAGAGAGAAUAGAGUGAGAGAUGAAUCCAACAUAGGGGGAAUAUAGCUGUGUUCUGCAUGCAUCUGGAGAAAUAAGGAUCUAGAGCUGUACAGUCUUCCACAUUCACAGAGAUUAGGAACAUAUAGCCCAUGAAAAACCCUGAAUAAAAAAUGCUAACUUUUUUACACCUGAGAAAAAAACACCUCUAGGAAUUUUUAGGUCUUUCAGCCUAACUUUAUGGUCAAGAUCUGCUGGGAGCUAACCAUAGAAUUAAAUUGGAGGACCUCAAUAUUCCUAAGAGAGCUUUUCUCUCUAGAAAUCUCUAGGUCCUCUAAUAUGACUUGAGAAAGUCGGCCAUGGGGGGGGGGGGGUCAAACUUUGUAGGAUCUAGAGAUUCCUAAAGAGAACAUUUAAAAUAAAACCCAUAAACAAUAAAAUCUGGAAAAAUCACAAUGGCAAAUGGUAAGGGGCUGAUGCGCUCUUAUAGUAGUGGUGCAGUAUUCCUCACCAUCACCACCUCCUCCUCAAGGCAUAAAUGUUGGGUAAAGCUCAAUUUCCUGCCAUGGUUAACUGGCCUCAAGCAUGGAUAGUAUUAACAUGGCUUUGAAAUUCCUGGCUAUGCCAUCCCUGGAACAAUAUUCCCUGCCUCGUUGUUUCUGAACCUUGUGCCAUUGCCUGUUCUCCAGUUGGGAAGACUAGAGAGGAAACGAUGCUAAGGGAAUGGCUGCCUGUGUACUGUGGAAUGCAUUACAGUGUCCCUAUCUCAUCCUUCAAACUUUUCUUUUGUGGUGCACUUACUAAAAUACAGGACAGGGUUGCUUAACAAAAGUUCCUCUUUUUCCUAGUAAUUAAUGGAGAUGAUUAAUGUUUCAGUACUGCUAGUCAGUAUUAAGAAUGUAUCUUUUAACAAGUUCUCGAUCAUUUUACAAUAAAAAAAAAUGAUAAAUUA